GAUCGAACUGCGAGGGGGGAGUCAGCCAAAAGUCUGAUCCUCUCUGACUUGAUUACGCUCGCACCCACCCACCACCUCAAUAAAGGGAAGAAGGAGAGAGAUCCCAUCUCACUCCCGUCUAUAUAGUGUACAAGGACUGGGGUGGCAUCCGUCAAUCUCUCCUCCCUCUUCCGAGCUUCCGUUUUGCUUCUUCAGUUGCCAGUGCCGAGCGCAAAUCCGUCGACUUUUCAAUCUCUCUCUCUCUCUCUUUUUAUCCGCAUUGCCGGAUAGCAGUUCCCGUCCAGCCCCAGCCAAGUGUUUUAUUUUUUUGUGUGAUCCCUCGCACUUUUCUUCGUCCUCCGCUCACGAACGCCGGCUCAGUCUGACGUUCAAGUUCAUCCGAUCGACAACCGCAGUUCACGACUCUCUCCCCCAUCCAUCACGCACAACGCCCACUUUGAUAGCCGUCAUCGUCUGCUCGACCAAAGGGUCAAAAGGCUGCCCACUCCGGGUACAAACUGAAAUGAUUGUUCGCCCUAACGUUCAGAUUCAUUUCAAUCUUUGUUCAUCACCAACGGCUGCGAUGACAGACGAACGUCCCCUCUCGUCGGAAUCGCAUCAAUCGACGACUCGAGACACGAUUAUUCCGCACCAACUUUUCGGGAUGGAUCGACUUCUAGAUAAAGAGGCACCUUCGGCCGCGCCUCCAGUGAUCAAAACGGCCACAUUAUGGAGGCCCAUCGCCCUGGAUACGUCGGAUACUCCGCCGCCGCCAGCCGCCAGCCCACCUCCUUCCGCCGCUUCCAAGUCGUCGCCUACGCGGAAUUUUAGCGUCCGUUCGCUGUUGAGCGAAUCCGUCAACUAUCGACAGCCAUCGAGAAACGAGGUGGUCAUCAUUGGCGAAUCUUCCGGCAAUCCAAAGAAUUUGAACAACAUGAACGACGUUUCAUCCUUCAGCCGGCGGAUGAACGACGCACUGUCCAGGCGACUCUCCCUCCUCAGCUACGGCUCGUUCCUGCCACCGGAUUUGGCGUCCAAAAAUCCGUUCGGUUCCAUCUCAUCUGGAGGGUCGAAUUUUCUUCCAUUCGGUCUCGGAAUGGCUCCGCCGGCGGGACAACAACCGCCGCAACAUCAGCAGUCGAGCGAUCCUCUUUUCAACUCUCGUCGGCUCCCGCAACCGACCAGCAACAAUCCGCACCACCAGAAUCAACAUCCGUAUCCGCUGGAGUGUUUCCACCACCACCGUGGAGGCGGCGGAUCGGCCGGCGGCAACGGAAGUAGCGGCGGCAGCUCGGCCGAUUUCUCCUGCGUCAAGUGCGAGAAAAUGUUCUCCACUCCGCACGGCCUGGAAGUUCACGCCCGCCGCUCGCACAACGGCAAGAGGCCGUUCGCUUGCGACGUUUGCAACAAGACGUUCGGCCACGAGAUCAGCCUCAAUCAGCAUCGGUCCGUAUUUUGUAGCCGGUCGCUGCACAACACGGAAAAAGUGUUCGAAUGCCGACAAUGCGGCAAGACGUUCAAGCGGUCGUCGACGCUGUCGACUCACCUGCUGAUCCACUCGGACACCCGGCCGUAUCCUUGCCAGUACUGCGGCAAAAGGUUCCACCAGAAAUCCGACAUGAAAAAACACACCUACAUCCACACAGGUGAAAAGCCGCACAAAUGCGCAGUCUGCGGGAAAGCCUUUAGCCAAUCGUCCAACUUGAUCACCCACUCGCGCAAGCACACCGGCUACAAGCCGUUCGCCUGCGACCACUGCGGCCGGGCAUUCCAGCGCAAAGUUGACCUGCGGCGGCACCGCGAAAGCCAACACGCCGAGCUCUACCCACCAACGACGGUAGCCACAGCGACGACGACCCAGCAGCAAACGACGGCGACGUCCAACAACGCGUCGACGUCGAUGGUCGUGACUACCGCCACAUCGGCGGCCUCUGUGACCACCACGACGGCAUCCACCUCCGCCGGAAUCCACCAGCAGCCAAAUCAUUCCGACCGACAUCAGCAUCCUCAUCCGGCGUCGACGCCUUCCGCCUCGGUCGUGGCAGCCGCCUUGGCGCAUUUCAACAGUUUCCACUCGUCGCCCAACAAGGAUCACUUGCGAGCACUCAUCAACAGCACUAACGAAGUCAAGAUGGCCGCUGCCGCAGCAGCAGCGGCCGCAGCGGCCGCCGGACUGCCCAAUUUCCUCGCUAAUCAUCCGGCAUUCAUUGGCCAGCAUCAGGAUUUCAUGGCCAAGCAUCACAUGCUACCAGUGAACCAAUCGGCUUAACUUUUUUUUCUCCCCCGUCGUUCUCUAGAUUCCCGUUUUUUCCCCCCAUUGAUGUAUACGUGUGUGUAUUGGUUUGCUUGUUUUUGGUGAUGAUGAUGAUUGCGGAGAAACAACCGCAAUUCCUAGUUAAUUAUAUUUGUGCUAGCCGAUAAACAAGUCAUCGUGUAUAAUAAUAACUUGUGUGUGUGUCUGUUGUUCCGGGGUGUGAAGAUAUUGCUCCCACAUUCUUCUCUCUUUUUUCUCACGUCUAAUAAUCGGCUGAAUAUCACCUCCUCUGUAGACUUUCGUCGCACCACAAGUAGUUAAACCAAAUUGGAUUCUCCGAGUUAAUAAAAAAAACCCGAAUGUUCUGGCUUCUUUUUUAAUUUUUUAGUCGUCAAACAAUUUGGUCAUUUCAGACUUUUUGUUUUUUUUUAUUUCCUCCAUAUGAACAUAUAAAUAAAUUUAAUUGUAUAUAUAUGUAUACUGACGUUAUCAAUUAUUCCUCCAGUUGUUUGUUCCAGUGUGUCUUUUUGCAUUUAUUUCCUAUUUGUCGAAAUUUUUAUUGUUUCCUUUUUCUUUCUUUCUUUUUUAAAAAUCAAAGUUAAUUGUUGGUUUUUAUUUGUUCCGAACCCAGCCAAAUCCAAAACCCACAAGUCUAAAUUAUCUGUAAAUGUUUGUAUACUUGGUGUUAAUGCAUUCCGUUCUUGGUCAGAAGCCUUCUUUAAUUACGGCGCUAAAAACAACCCCCCCAUCAAAAUAUUUGAAAAAUACACGCUACUCUUUGAA